GCACCUCUUCCUUUCGACCGAACUUGCUAGCAUGCUUCUUCCUCUGUUUCUUCGUCUCUCCUACUGACCAUUACUACCGUUGACUGACUUUUAAUUGCUAAUUGAUUGCAUGACUUUUGAUUUUUCACAGGAAUACUUUUAUUGCAACCAUCUUCAAAUUAAUUAAUCAACACUUUCAAAUCUCUCUCUCUCUGAGCCAUACGCAAAUGCCCAAAGACAUGAAUUUACACAUGCUGUUGUUAAGGGCAUUAUUAAGAUUUAGUAGUAUAGUUGGGCUUAUGGUUCUUGUAUUUGCUCUGUUUCCUGAAGCUUAUAUUGCCCAAGAAACAGAAACUAAGCACUGCCCCCCUUCUUCUUGUGGAAACAUUGGUAACAUCAGCUACCCUUUUCACUUGAAAGGCCAUCCUCCUACCUGCGGUGACUCUUACCACGAACUGGCUUGUGACAACAAUCGCACUACUCUGGACUUGGAUGGAGUCCAAUACUAUGUCCAAGAUAUCUCUUAUGAAAAUCGAAGCAUAAGAGUUGUGCCAUUUUUGUCACAAGCCAUGGAUCAGUGCUCUGUUUUUUCCAACUCCUUCCCUAUUCCUUACAUUUGGACUUACCGUUUAUUUAAUCCUUAUGAUUAUAUAAUUUUUGUGAGUUGUGCGAGUCCAGUGAAUUCUUCAAACUACAUAGGUUUCUCUUCUUGCGACUACAAUUUCCAAACCGAAACAAACUCAUCGUCAUAUGUUGUACUGAAUGUUUCAAGUCCAAUGGACAUCCAUGACUCAUGCAACAUCUGGGGCGGGUUUCCGAAUCCAUUCAUUGAAGCGAUCCCUUGGAACAUCACCAUGCCUGAUAUUCAACAGGAGUUGCUUCGAGGGUUUCAGCUUGAGUUUUGGGAUUAUGACCAAUUAGAAAACAAGCAGUGUUUCCCUUCUUCUUGCGGAAGCAUUGGUAACAUCAGCUACCCUUUCUACUUGAGAGGCCAUCCUCGUAGCUGUGGUGACGGUUACCACGAACUGGCUUGUGAGAACAAUCGCACAACUGUGGACUUGAAUGGAGUGAAAUACUAUGUCCAAGAGAUCUCUUAUGAGAACCAAACAAUAAGAUUAGUGGAUGCCAACAUAAACAAUGAUUACUGCUCCAUUCCUGGCAAUUCCUUUCCAUUCUAUGGAUUUGGUGGUGAUGGGUCAUUUUGGCCUUUCCAUUACCCUUACGAAUACUAUUGGCCUCCCCCUGUGAUAUUUUUUGUGCGUUGUGCAAGCCCUGUCAAUACUUUAAACUACCUAGAUUUCUCUUCUUGCGUCAACGGCGGCAGCACUUCUUUCUCCUCCAAUGGAAACUCAUCGUCAUAUGUUGUACUUGAUGUUACAAGUUCAUUCCAAAUCAAUAUCUCCUGCACCAUCAACCGUGUCUAUCCGUUCGUUGAAGAAUUCCAUUGGAACCUCACUAUUUCUGACAUUCAUCAGGAGUUGCUUCGAGGGUUUCAACUUUCGUUUAUGCCUCCACUUGCUCCUCCUCAUCAAUAUGCUCCUCCUCAACAUCCACUAUGGAUAAGUGAUGUACUGUUGAGGCUUGAAGAAUUCAUAGUCUAUUCCAUAAUCGGCAUCAUCAAAACCGUAGGAGUGUACAUCAUCAUAGCAAGGAUUUCAAUUGGGUUGCUAUUUUUUAUUAUAUUGCUGGCCUAUAGAUUCCGACGAACACACUUGUCCAUUGAUGAUACCAUUGAAAACUUUCUCCAGAGUCGAAACAACUUUAUGCCAAUUAGGUUGUUACGCUUAAUUAUAUUGCCGGCAUAUAGAUUCCGAAGAAGACUCUUGGCUAGAGAUGAUGCCAUUGAAAAUUUUCUCGAGAGUCAAAAUAACUUCAUGCCAAUUAGGUACUCCUAUUCAGAUAUAAAGCAGAUGACCAAAAGUUUCAGGGAUAAGUUAGGUCAAGGAGGAUAUGGGUCGGUGUUCAAAGGCAAGCUCCGAUGUGGUGAUCUUGUAGCGGUAAAAGUGUUGGGCAUGUCAAAAGGUAAUGGACAAGAUUUCAUCAGUGAAGUCGCUACAAUAGGAAGGAUUCAUCAUGUCAAUGUGGUGCGAAUGAUUGGAUUUUGUGCAGAGGGAUCUAAAAGAGCUCUCGUAUAUGACUUUAUGCCUAACGGAUCUCUUGAUAAGUUCCUUUUCUCUGGAGGAGAAAAGAAUAUUCCCCUCAUCAGUUGGGAGAGAAUGCAUGAGAUUGCGGUUGGAGUGGCUCGAGGGAUUGAAUACUUGCACCGAGGUUGUGACAUGCAAAUUCUACAUUUUGAUAUCAAACCUCACAAUAUUCUCCUUGACAAAGGCUUUAUCCCAAAAGUUUCAGACUUUGGCCUUGCAAAAUUGUACCCCACAGAUGACAGUAUUGUUUCUCUCACUGCAGCAAGGGGAACAUUUGGAUAUAUUGCUCCAGAGUUGUUCUAUAAGAACAUUGGAGGGGUGUCAUAUAAGGCUGAUGUUUAUAGCUUUGGUAUGCUGUUGAUGGAAAUGGUGGGGAAAAGGAAGAAUGUGAAUGCAGAUGCAGAGCACACAAGUCAAAUAUACUUCCCAUAUUGGAUUUAUGAUCAUAUCAAUCAAGGUGAGGACUUACAGUUGGGAGAUGUCGUUGAACAAGAAAAAAGGUCUGUAAGGAAGAUGAUUAUAGCUGCAUUAUGGUGCAUACAACUGAAGCCCGUGGAUCGUCCCUCCAUGAGCGAAGUCUUGCAAAUGCUGGAAGGGGAGGAGGAGCUACUGCAAAUGCCUCCCAAGCCUUUCCUCUAUUCCAACGAUAUGUCAAUGGAGGAUCAAGCAGACAACAACCCAAUAGGAGUACCAACUUCAUCCCACGCUGAGAUGAGCAUAACUAUUGAGGAUAUGUUAAGAUAGUAGUGUUUCAUUUUUUAUCAACUUAAUAAAUUUGUUCUUAUGUUCUCUAGACUUGGGAGCUUUUCAUUAGGAUGUACUAUAUGUUUGUGAACUCUCUCAUCUUAUGAAUAGUAAAACAACAAUACUUAGCCUUCACACUAAGAA